CGUAGACUAAUGCUAGACAUGAGUAAAGUCAAUUCUGGAAUGAAUUGGAGCAUGCAGUUGAAAAAGGAUGCUUUCGCAUGUGGCAACGUGCAUUGUUCGGCCACAGGACGACUGCGCAGUUGGGAAGUGAACUUCGCGUACAAAGAACGCGGCGAACGACGCAACGCCCUGGUCAAGCUUCGAUUAUGCCCACCUUGUUCGGACAAACUAAACUAUCGGCACAAGUGA